AUGAGAGCGCACAGCUGCCAGGACCUGGAUGGAGGACCGCGCAGCUGCCAGGACCUGGACGUCAGAGCGCACGGCAGCCAGGACCCCGCCCCGCGCGCGCGUGCCCGGCGUUGGCGCAGUCUGGGUCUGAGUCGUCGGCUGAGGCUGGUCGGCCUUGCUCCGCGGCCGGUCCUCGGCCCUUCCGCGCCCUCUCCGCCCGCGCCCUCGUCGGCGCCGCCGCCGCCCGCAGCCCUGGCGCUCCCCGCGGGUCCCGCCGAUGCCAUCUGCGCCCUGUGUCAGCGCGCGCCCCGCGAACCGGUGCGCGCCGACUGCGGCCACCGUUUCUGCCGGGCGUGCGUGGUGCGCUUCUGGGCCGAGGAGGACGGGCCCUUCCCGUGCCCGGAGUGUGCCGAUGACUGCUGGCAGCGCGCCGUAGAGCCCAGCCGCCCUCCGCUCAGCCGCCGCCUCCUGGCGCUCGAGGAGGCGGCCGCGGCGCCGGCGCGCGAUGGCCCUGCCAGCGAGGCCGCGCUGCAGCUGCUCUGCCGCGCCGACGGGGAUCCGCUGUGCUCCGCCUGCCGCAUGGCCGCUGGCCCGGAGCCGCCCGAGUGGGAACCGCGCUGGAGGAAGGCGCUGCGCGGCAAGGAGAACAAGGGCUCUGUGGAAAUCAUGAGGAAGGAUUUAAAUGAUGCCCGGGAUCUGCAUGGUCAGGCAGAAUCAGCGGCUGCUGUGUGGAAGGGGCAUGUUAUGGACCGGAGAAAGAAGGCCCUGACUGACUAUAAGAAGCUGCGGGCCUUCUUCGUGGAGGAGGAGGAGCACUUUCUGCAAGAGGCUGAGAAGGAUGAGGGUGCUUCCGAGGAUGAUGAGCUGGCUGACCCGGCAGAUCGCUUCCGGUCCCUGCUGCAGGCUGUGUCAGAGCUGGAGAAGAAGCACCGAAACCUGGGCCUUAGCAUGCUUCUGCAGUGAUGAUGCUGGCCCAGCAGGCUGGCCCCCUGGAGCGCGAGGCAGAAGGAACCACCUUCCACAGCUGGCCUGCAGCACCCCUACCUACAUCCCUCAGGCCUCUGCCUGGCACCACCCUUCCUCCCGGACAGAUCCCAUCUCCAUCAGCACUGACAGCCGGGAUGAAGCAUCAGAGGUGCCCCGCUGGCCGUGCACAUAGUUCCAUUGUUCAGCAGUGUUUUUCAUUUUCUUUGGGGCAUGGAUGUGCUUGGGCUUGUACCUGUUCCAAAUAGAGACCUACCAGUCCUGGGAUUCCUUUCCCAGUGUGUGCCAGCCCUGCCUGGGACCACUUGGCAGCUCGGAAGCCCCUGCUUCUUGUUUUGCCAUGGCUCGGCUUAGUGUGGCAUUCAUUCUCGUAUCCAGGAACCAAACCUUGCACCUUCCCCAUUGGUGCCCGUGACAGGGUUGGCUUGCUAAACAUCCCUCAGCAAGGUUCUGAGGUGCACCAGUUACAGUCAACCUGUGUUAGUGCCAGAGAAUAGGGAUGCAGGAGGCCCUGUGGUUUGGCUGGGACCUAAGUGUUAAUGAAGUAUUCCCCACCCUCCAGAGGACCUCUCUCCUCCCUUUGGGUCUCACUGUGCCAGGUCCUGGGAGUCGUCUUCUGCUUUGCUUCACCAGCCUCUUUUCCUCCCAGCUUGUGCCCCUUGGGUGUCGCUGGCAUCCCCAAAGUGCUCCCUCCUCCUUCCCACCUCUGAUGGAAGGGACCUCCUUCCCUGCAGAAGAGCAGCAGGGUGGCAUUCCCAGGCCGCCGGGUGCUUCACUUCGCUGUAGUUUUGGCUUUUGCUCACCUCAUUUUCUCCAGUAGGUGAAUUUCACAAAACUUGUGACGUAGCGGUAGUGUGGUUGCCUGCAGCAUCGUGUGUGUAGAUAACUAGUCCAAGAAACAAAACCCAGCAGAGUGGACAGACACAGGUCAGGGGCCAAAGACAUAGAUGUAUUUAGGUUUUGGGUAACAAUGUUCUGUCCCCAGAAGGCCCCAGCCUUGGAUGUAGUGACCGGCUUCAACUUGACUCGCAGGUGGGCUGGGUUUUCAGUGCUGAAUAAAGUGGUUUGCUCCAGCC